AUGGAUUGCCUAAAAGCCGUGCGGGAGUACAUCCUUUCCCUCAUCGAAAAAUCGGGAAAGGAUCAAAUCAAAACGCUCAUUCUCGAUGCUGAAACAACUAAAAUCGUUUCCAUGGCCUUCAGUCAGUCGGACUUGUUGAAACAUGAAGUCUAUCUUUUUGAGCGACUCGAUGGAAGUGCCCGUUCAAAUAUGAGUCAGGUGGUGGCGAUUGUGUUCGUUCGACCGACGCAAGAAAACUUUGGACUUUUGAUUAAAGAACUCAGAUCCCCUGCAUAUAAGAACUAUCACAUCUUCUUCUCCUCGACCAUCGACCGUCAGAACCUGAAAGAACUCGCUGAAGCAGAUUCAAAUGAAGUUGUCCACACGGUUCAAGAGAUUUUCGCCGAUUACCAGCCGUACGGUGCUCAUCUUUACAACAUUCCAGUGGCGAAAAUGAGCUCUUCUCAAAUUGGAGAAAUCGAUCUUCGUCGAAUUACAGAUGGAUUGAUGGCUCUCUUACUUUCCAUCCGUCGCUACCCAACCGCCAUCAAAUACUCAAAAUCCUCGAAUAACUGUCUCCGAGUCUGCGAGCGUCUAACAUCGAACGUUUCCCGCGAACGGGAGCUCUUUCAACAAGCAGGAAAAAAUGACGUAACUCUGGUCAUUCUCGAUCGCCGUGAUGAUGCUGCCACGCCCCUGCUUAUGCAAUGGACGUAUGAGGCGAUGUUGCACGAAAUUCUGACCUUGACAAAUAAUUGCAUUGAUUUGACUGGAAUCAGUGGGGUUCCAAAAGAACUGCAGAAAAUUAUGAUCACCGCGGAUAGCGACGACUUUUACGCGAACAAUUUGUAUUUGAACUUUGGCGAGAUCGGGCAGAACAUCAAGAAGAUGGUCGAAGACUUUACCAGACAAAAACAGAUCAAUCAGAAAGUUGACUCGAUUCAAGAUAUGAAGACUUUUGUCGAGAACUAUCCAGCGUUCAAGAAACAGUCAGGGACAGUCAACAAGCAUGUUGUAUUAGUUGAGGAGCUUUCAAAGCGGGUGGGAAGACACAAGUUGCUGCAAGUAUCAGAAGUAGAGCAAAAUAUCUGCGCUUCGGAUGAUCUAGCAGAAAUUACUCAAAGCAUACGAGACCUGAUCGAGGAUAAAGAUGUAAAUGCCAGCGCCAUUUUACGAGUUGUCGCUCUUUUUGCGCUGAAAUUCGGCUCAGCUAACGAGCAAACUUUGAGAAGCCUUUCUGCCUCUGCUUGCCAAGCAAAACAAAUCAACAGGACGGAGUUUGAUUCUAACAUCAGAGGAAUAAGGGACUAUUCUUCGGGCAUACAGAUCGGCGAGUCAUCCAGUGAGAAAGUCCUGGGCGCUGCGAAAAAGCUCUUCCGUGGCGUCCAAGGCGUUGAGAAUAUUUACACGCAGCAUGUUCCCCCCUUUCGUGACAUUUUGGAAAACGUCGCCAAAGGUCGCCCGGAUAAUCGCUUGAAAAGUUACGGGCCCAAUCCUCAGGCAGCAUCGUCGCGCGAUGUGAUUUGCUUUAUCAUUGGAGGAGUGACGUACGAGGAGUCUUUUCAUAUUUAUAAAUUGAAUAAGGAGCUCGCAGGCAACUCGCGGAUAACUAUUGGCGGCUCAUCGAUGCUGAACUCCCGUCUUUUCUUAUCCCAAAUAGUCCAAUCAAACCCUUCCACAUCGCCACAAACUGUCUAA